GGGAGCUGUACCUGCUGCGCCUGUGCAAGGCUUUCUUGAGGGGCAAAGGCAUUGAACUGUAUCAGGAGUGGUGGCAGGAACACAUCUCCACCCUUGCUCAGUUGCAGUGGAUUCCCAGCUACUCACAGGACAGCUGCAGACUAAAAAAUGGCAUUUCAGAAGGCAGUGAAAGGAACUGCUCUCAUUGGAGGAGGUGCCAUAGCAACAGUUUUUGGCCUCUCUCAAUUUUCUCAGUAUAGAAACAAACACGGUACCCUUGUGAAUGUUCAGGCUGCAGAAGCUGUGCCUGUUCCAAUGAAGAGUCAUCUCCCCACAAGAGAGCAACAAAUUUUGACACUGCAGACCACAAGUGAAUUUGAUGUCCUUGUUAUAGGCGGAGGAGCAACAGGAUGUGGCUGUGCUUUAGAUGCAGUCACUAGAGGACUAAAAACAGCCCUUCUAGAAAGAGAUGAUUUCUCAUCAGGGACCAGCAGCAGGAGUACUAAAUUGAUCCAUGGUGGAGUGAGAUAUCUUCAGAAGGCCAUCAUGAAGUUGGAUUUUGAGCAGUACAAGAUGGUGAAAGAAGCACUUGAGGAGCGUGCAAAUCUGCUUGAAAUAGCUCCUCACCUGUCAUCUCCUUUGCCAAUAAUGCUGCCUGUUUACAAAUGGUGGCAGUUGCCAUACUACUGGUUUGGAAUAAAAUUAUAUGACCUCGUAGCAGGAAGUCAGUGUCUGAAAAGUAGUUAUGUCCUUAGCAAGUCAAGAGCCUUGGAGCAUUUCCCAAUGCUACGCAAAGAUGAGCUUGUCGGAGCUAUUGUCUACUAUGAUGGACAGCACAAUGACGCGCGGAUGAACCUCGCCAUCGCCCUCACUGCUGCCAGGUACGGCGCUGCCACCGCCAAUUACACUGAAGUGCUGCGCUUGCUCAAGACGACAGACCCAGCCAGCGGGAAGGAGCGUGUGUGUGGUGUGCGCUGCAGGGACGUCCUAACAGGGCAGGAAUUUGAUGUCAAAGCCAAAUGUGUUAUCAAUGCUACGGGACCUUUCACAGACUCUGUGCGCAAAAUGGAUGAUCAGGAAGUACCAAACAUCUGUCAGCCAAGUGCAGGCGUGCAUAUUGUCAUGCCUGGUUAUUACAGCCCUGAUCAUAUGGGUCUGCUUGACCCAGCCACCAGCGAUGGCAGAGUGAUUUUCUUCCUGCCGUGGGAGAAGAUGACUAUUGCAGGGACCACGGAUAGCCCGACCGAUGUUACUUCCCAUCCAAUACCAACAGAGGAAGAUAUAAAUUUCAUUUUGAAUGAAGUACGCAACUACCUUAGUGCUGAUGUUGAAGUGAGAAGAGGAGACGUACUGGCAGCAUGGAGUGGCAUUCGUCCUCUGGUCACAGACCCCAACUCCAAAGACACACAGUCGAUAUGCCGGAAUCAUGUUGUUGCCAUUAGUAAUAGUGGCCUUGUCACAAUAGCAGGUGGGAAGUGGACAACCUACCGUGCCAUGGCGAAGGACGCCAUUGAUGCAGCUGUUGAGGCACACAAUUUGAAGGCAGGUUCCAGUAAAACUCUUGGACUGCAGCUGCAAGGGGCUGAGGACUGGAGUCCCACUCUCUACAUUAGGUUGGUCCAAGACUAUGGACUUGAAAGUGAGGUGGCUCAGCAUCUAGCUUCGACAUAUGGCGACAAGGCUUUUGAGGUCGCCAAAAUAGCCCAAGUUACAGGAAAGAGAUGGCCUAUUGUUGGAAAGCGUCUUGUGUCUGAAUUUCCUUAUAUUGAAGCUGAGGUUGUCUAUGGUGUCAAAGAGUAUGCUCGCACAGCAGUGGAUAUGGUUUCCCGACGUACUCGCUUGGCCUUUCUGAAUGUGCAGGCUGCAGAGGAAGCCCUGCCAAGAAUCGUAGAUAUAAUGGGAAAAGAACUUAACUGGAGUGAGCAGAAAAAAAAGGAGGAACUUGAAGCUGCUAAGAAAUUUCUCUAUUAUGAAAUGGGCUACAAAGUAAAAUCAGAUCAAUUAAGAGACAGCUCUGAAAUCAGUCUAGUGCCUUCAGAUAUUGAGAGAUACAAGAAGCGAUUCCGCAUGUUUGACAAGGACAAGAAAGGAUUUAUUACUAUACUGGAUGUGCAGCGUGUCUUGGAGAGCAUCAGUGUGCAAAUUGCUGAAAAUACUCUUCAUGAUAUUCUAAAUGAAGUGGAUCUGAACAAAAAUGGACAGGUUGAGCUCAAUGAGUUUCUGCAGCUCAUGAGUGCUAUUCAGAAGGGCUACGUGUCUGGAAGCCGGCUGGCUGUGCUCAUGAAGACUGCCGAGGAGAAUCUGCAUCGGCGUGUGGGGAUUCCAGUGGACCGGAGCGGUGGUGGACUGUGAGUUCAAACGCAACGUCUGCUCACAGCCAUGGCUAAUGGAGAUGCAUCUCUGCUAAAAAACAUUCCAGUGUUUCUGACUGGCCUUGCUUGUUCCAGAUGACUGGCGUCUGUCCAUGGGUGUAGCUCUUACAAAAAUAUAUUGGUGCGUUUGUUUUCCUUAUUAUUAAUGGUUUUCUGUGCAGCUCUUAAUACUCCAGUAUGUGGCCUUUUGGAUUGGGUAUUCUUUAGACACAGGAGUUCAUUAACAAGAGUUCAGGAAUACAGGUUAGAAAGAUUUGGGUGCACACACAAGUGCAUGUGCACAUACUGCCUCAUUCAUUAACUUCUAUAUCACCUUUACCUUCAGAGAAAACAAUGCUCAGAAAGUGCAUCCUGCCUUUAAAUGCAUUGCAUUGAGUUUUGUGAAUACACAUUUAGUGUUUAAAAGUUGUUGAUCUCUGCUGAUCAAAAGUGAGACAGGGAAAGCUGGUGAUCUGGAUUGGAGAUAAUAACACAAAAGGAUCAAGACUGACACUUCCUGAGGCAGCAGUUGCGAAGAACUAUUGUGAGGUUCUGUACGUGGCUGGUUUUGCUCUUCCAAGUGCUGUUAUUUCAGUGGUACCAGUACUUGGCCAGACAAAAAUACUGGCAGUAUGAAGCUGGAAAACUACAAGACAUCUUGAUUAAUCACCCAAGCUAAUAAUUUAUUUAAAAGCAUGGGGACAGCUUUCCUUUCUCCCAUAUUAAUAAAAAUAGGCUUCCUUUAAUAAAUAGCGUAGUCUAACAGGUGUUGGUUUAUGCUGUAAAAGGCUUCAUAUUGUUUUCAGUUUUGGACAAACCCUGAUGAUCUGUAGAAUAUGGCAGGUUUCAAUAGCAUGAUGGUCUUAAUUCUUCAUUUAAAAAUGCUCAAACACAGAGUGAAACAAUCAAACUUGUUUUGCAUUACACUAAAUCGUCUGUAAAAGUGAAAGGGCUAUUUUUCAGCAGAUAAAUUGGGGGGGAGGAGGAGGGGGAAAUAAGAUCAUCACUUGAGCUGUUUUCAGUGGUGUUGUGUCUGUCUGUUUGCCUUUCUGUUGUUGGAUCGACUAGGGUCAAGAUCAGGUGGAAGACUCCUGCCUGAUGUAGAACAAGGAAGGGAAAAACACAAGAAUGGUUUAUUGAUGAAUUUGUCCUUCUGUUGUGUUUUUUAAGUACCAAUUUACAACUUAAAGCUGCAGUUCUGAGGUGUUAGGUUCUCUACUUCUGUAAAAUCUAAUCUAUUUUAACCAGUGUCACCACUUUCACUAAUGGAAAAUAACAGUACAGGACUGAACAGCAAGGAUUGCUUUGAUAUUUUGAAGGGGAAGACGAUUAUAUACACAAAAUGGAGAUGCUGAGGAGUGUUCAUAUGGCGCGUACUAAGUGCUGAGGUUGUGUUUGGCUGGAGAGGCAGUCCUUUAAAAAAAAUUAUAAAUUCAGGUGCUAAAAAUGGUAGAUAAAAGAAAAAAAAAAGGGCAAGCCUCAUUUAAAAUUCAGUAAAUGGUUAUAUUUCUGCCCAAUUUGUAAAAUCUGGAGUGAAGGAGACAGUCUUCGAUAAAAUGCCUUUCAGAUGGUUUUUGCACAUUAGAUUUUUCUUUGACCCUGCCUUUUACCAAAAUGAUGGUGUUAUUCGCAGUUGUGGCUUUUUUGCUUAGAGUCCUGUGCUGGCAAGGCAUGGUCUGGGUGACUGAGGACUUAGCAUGUUUGGUAAUGUAAGAAUUAUUUUAUGGACAAAGGGUUUUGUUUCUGUGGUCCUGCAAACUUUUCUCUUUUGAAUUAUGUUCCAGUAUAUUCAGGUGAAGUAUGUAAUGUUGUGCACAGCGUCAUAUCGGCAAACCCCUCUUCAGAUGAAAAGAGAGCAACAAAUUUUACAUACCCUGUAGAACUGGGGAGAAUGAAUGUAGGAUACACAGGUUGUUUGGGUUCAGUGAGGAAGGUCAGGACGGAAGGGGCUUAGGAUUCUGCUACUAACAAUAAGGAGAAAACAAAGAAGAAAACAUAAGUAAGGAGACCUCUUCCAGGCCACAUAAAGUAAAAUAUCUGCAGCAUUUACAAAGAAAAAUUCUCCUUUAUCAGUGGCACUGUUAAGAAUCAAUAAUAAAAGUUUACCUGUGAAGCCAGGACUUUCUGCUUUGCACCCAAAGUAUGCUCCUUGUUCUCUUGUUUUGGUAAUGCAUACAGGAUGAGGCUGUGGGAUUUUUCUGGCUAAAUGUGUGUCCUCCGAUAGGAAUUUGCUUUGCAUCUUAGGCACUUUAUUGUCAUGCUUCUCUUCUCUUUGUAUGCCAUAGCAAGAUCUUGUAUGACCACCCUGUGUAAAGAUUGCAUGUGUUACUUAAAACAGCUAAAUCUGUACUUGGAAAAAUCUAGAAAUAUUUAUUUAUCACCUCA